GAGCUGGGCCGGCGUGGCCGAGGUGGCCGCGCCCGCCGCUGAGUGCGGGUCAAGCGGCGGCCGAGCUCGGCCGGGAUGGCGCCGCCGCUCGCUCCCGGGCGGGGAGCCGGGGCUGCGGGCCGGGGCUGGUGCUGGUGCUGGUGGGCGCUGCUGGCGCUGCCGCUGGCACGGCCCGCGGGCGCGCUGAUGGAAGGACUGUACUGCGGCCCGCGGGACUGCUACGAGGUGCUGGGCGUGAGCCGCACGGCCGACAAGGCGGAGAUCGCGCGGGCCUACCGCCAGCUGGCCCGGCGCUACCACCCCGACCGCUACCGGGCCGAGCCGGGCGACGAGGGCCCCGGCGGGACGCCGCAGAGCGCCGAGGAGGCUUUCCUGCUCGUGGCCACCGCCUACGAGACGCUCAAGGAUGAAGAUACACGGCGUGAUUAUGACUACAUGCUGGAUCACCCGGAAGAAUACUUUCGACAUUACUACCACUACUACAGCUGGCGCUUGGCCCCCAAGGUGGACGUCAGCGUGGUGAUUGUGAUCAGCGUGUGUGCCAUAUCCUUGUUUCAGUUUUUCAGCUGGUGGAAUAGCUACGAUAAGGCCAUCAGCUACCUAGCCACAGUGCCUAAGUAUCGCAUCCAAGCCAUGGAGAUUGCCAAGCAACAGGGAUUGCUGAGAAAAGCCAAAGAGAAAGGCAAGAACAAAAAGUCCAAAGAGGAGAUUCGUGGGGAGGAGGAGAACAUCAUAAAGAACAUUAUCAAAAGUAAAAUAGAUAUAAAGGGGGGCUACCAGAAACCCCAGAUCCGUGACCUUCUGCUGUUUCAGAUUCUCUUAGCCCCCUUCCACGUAUGCUCAUAUAUAGUGUGGUAUUGCCGGUGGAUCUACAACUUUAACAUCAAAGGCAAAGAAUAUGGAGAAGAAGAAAGACUAUAUAUUAUACGUAAAUCUAUGAAGAUGUCAAAGUCUCAGUUUGAUAGUCUAGAAGAUCAUCAGAAAGAAACUUUCCUUAAACGGGAGCUCUGGAUAAAGGAGAAUUAUGAGAUUUACAAACAAGAACAAGAAGAAGAACUUAAGAAAAAAUUAGCAAAUGACCCUCGCUGGAAGAGAUACAGGCGGUGGAUGAAGAAUGAAGGGCCAGGCCGGCUAACUUUUGUGGAUGACUGAGAGGUUAGGGGAGUGCUGGGCCAGGCCUUCCUUGUCAUUCCUUUCAUUACUCAGCUCUCUUAGACAUGUACCAACUGCUCCUCAGCAAGGAAUGAAAGUUCCUCAAGUCUGAUUAAAACAAAAUAACAUAAAAUUGUAAAUUAACACUUAAAAA